AUGGCACCUCAAUUAUUUGAAGCAUUAUUAACAUUGGUUGGACCAGUCAUCGUUAAAGAAUAUAUUAUUCGUGAGCCUAUUUCGCCUGAAACUCGGCUUCAGAUUACACUGCGCUAUUUAGCAUUGGGAGAUAAUAUGAAAUCCUUGUCAUAUGCGUUUAGAAUCGCACACAACACGAUCUCAAAAAUUGUAUCCGAGACUUGCAAUGCUAUUUGGAAUGGUCUCAAACUUUUUGUUUUUCUUGAGGAUAAUGAAGAGAAUUGGAAAUCUAUAGCCAAUGAAUUUCAACGAUUGUGGAACUUUCCAAAUUGUAUAGGCGCCAUCGAUGGAAAGCAUGUUCAAAUUCAGGCUCCGCCAAAUAGCGGAUCAACAUAUUAUAAUUAUAAAGAUCAUCACAGCAUUAAUCUUCUCGGAAUUAGCGAUGCAAAUUAUUGCUUUACCAUAGUCGAUAUUGGUGCCGAAGGCAGGCAAAGUGAUGGAAGAGUUUUCCGCAACAGUGAAAUUGAAAAACGCUUCAAAGCUAAUUCGUUCAAACUACCAAAGCCAAAAUGCAUUGAAAUUGAUGGUCCAGAAUUACCAUAUGUAUUAGUAGCGGAUGAAGCUUUCCCAUUAUGUAUGUAUAUGAUGAAACCAUAUCCGCGAAGUGGAAAACUCGACAUUGGGAAAAAAGUUUUUAUGUAUAGACUUAGUCGUGCAAGAAGAGUUGUGGAGAGCGCUUUCGGUAUGCUAGUGACUCGAUGGAGAAUAUAUCGAAGGCCAAUUAUCGCAAAUGUCAGCAAUGUACGCAAAAUUAUACAAGCGACUGUAGCACUGCACAAUUUUAUCAUCAAAAAUGAAGAGAAACUAACUGGAAGAAAAUCAUAUCUACAUAUAACUGAAGAAGAUGUGCGUAUGAGUCGUGGAGUUUGCGAUAUGUUACUUUAUGGAGGCCGAAGCAGUAAUAAUGCUAUUACAUUGAGAGAAGCGUAUUCGACAUACUUUCAAGGUACAGGUGCGUUAGAUUACCAAUGGGAAAAAGCACUGCAAAACGAUUUUUAA